AAACGCGAAAUGAUGAUAUGGUGGUAAUGAAUGGACGCUUACAUCGAUCUCUGUCAAUCAUUCGGGUAACUGCGAUUCAUCAUAAAUAUUUAGAUGCGGCGUUAAGUCGGUGAUUGAAUCACGCAUGCGUGUGUUAAGUCGACUUUUUGUGCAUUCGGCGUUGCUAGUGUGUGUGUACGACUGAUUUAGUGUGUAUUUGCAGGUAUGAUAUACCCUAAUAUUAAAAUUGUUGUCACGAUGACUCACGUUAGUCUUCAUAUCUAGUAUGCCCCUCUGGGUGGGGCCGUUGCUCUACUCGGCCUCGAGGCUGAAGAAGACGGACCGGAUCAAACGAAGAAAAGUUUAUCGUUUAAUCCAGCGUCAGAUAGUAAGCGCCGCUUUGUACUUUAUUCUGAUUUUUACUUUAUUUGUGGUGAUCUUAACGCAAACGUUGGCAGCUGAACAGGACCGGCUGCAGCACACGUGACAAAUGCACUUACGUGUACCCAGCUGAGCUCAAGGAGAUGGUCCGAGCAGCCUUUCCAAACGACAUCCGUGACUACGAAGACCCCCGCCACGAUAACGUUGUCGCCGUCACUAUGGAUGACUUGAAAACGAUGGAGUUUACUUAAAACUGCGGUUGCAGCUUAAAUAUACACUAUAAAGUCGGUAUGUGUUCGUGAUAUAGAAAUGCGAGUUGCGAUCACUUAAAGUGUGUGCGUUCAUAUAAAGUAGUUUGGUUUCCAUAAAUAGGCUUUUGCAACUUUUUUUUUCUAAACGCGUUAAUGUAUUCUCUUUUUAUUUUCAUUUUACUACAAUACCCAGAAUUCUUACCUGUUUGCGUCACAGACUGGGACGCGCAGUCCGGCUCACUGAGUAAUUGACCUGCUGGACUCCAUGACAACGUACACAACCUACACGAACACCACAGCAGUGGCGUUAUUUCCAUUACUGACUCUAACAGGGCGUUAUAGAAUUCGAGUUUAGAAAAUGCUUCCAGAAGGGAAAUCUGAUAUGGAGCGGAUUGGCAUCUUUAAGGAGAUGGGAUACAUUUCAAUAGGGGACAAAUACACACCUUUUAUUUACCGCCCAUUUAAUGAUUCCGCGUACAAGAACAAACAGAUGCUGUCAGGAGGAGCUAAAUCUAAGAGCGCGCUCCAGGUGGGAUACUUCGACACGCACUUCAAGAGGAUCUUUGAGAGUGAGGCGCUCUCAGACCCUGUCAGAAUAGAAAGACAGUACAGGAUACAGCAGACCAAAAAGAACAUAAGCAAAGCAUUUCUUCCCAGUAACGGAGAGAAAAAAACAUGUGGAGUGGGCAGCUAUUAUGGGACAUUUGGAGGCCCGAUUCAAGCAAUGAGUGCCCUACAGAAUCCAAGGAAACUAAACAAAUCACCUGGAAAAAACUUCUACACCAAUCCGCCUAAAAAGGGAAGUGGUUACGGCUAUCCUGACAUCACCCUCUCCAAGAUGGUGUCCCAUUCCUCAGACCCCUACGACAGAGCCAAGGAAAUGCUAAAGCGUGAGAUCAUGGCACACAAAUCCAUGCUAAAAGGGGGAGCGUUUCGUUUGAACCUUCAUCCAGUUGAAUGCUUUGACAGCAAUCCUUACAAAUUUGACAAACCUCUACCACCUCCAAAGAAGACAGAGGAGAAAAAGCACUUCACGGUGCCCUUCAAACCAAGUUCACCCAGUAAAAAGACUGGAGGUAUGAAAGCAGGAACGUUUGAUUCCUACCCCACCUAUUCUACAGAACCCUAUGGUACCAAAAAGACCAAAUCGUCAAUGAUGAACAAGGAAGUAAAAAUAUUUCAUCCCUCCCCUGGUCCAAAGAGCACGCCUGUCAAGAGCAUCAUCAGCCUCAAUGUCAAUAAAGCUGUGAACUCCACAAACUACAACCGAAUCCCCUCUGUGAUGGCGUAUUAACAACUUGUGAUGUCUUCAGGUGAAUAAAUGAAUGUCAUGUAUUGUUCUUCAGAUUAGAAAGCUAUAAUUCUCAAAUGUAUGUACAUCAUUUUCUUAACUGAGGAAAAAAAAAACUACCAUCUCUUUCGUACCAUCUAGAGAAGUUUAAUUGUACAAGUGAUGUUUAACCACCGUGUAUCAUUUUGUCAGUAGUAUAAUGAGGUGCAUAUAAAAGGUGGACGGCCUUCAAGGGAUAGCUGAGAAAAUAAUGACUGUUUUCUGCUUUGUGUGAAUCAUGCUUAUAAAUUAAUUUAGGAACAUGAGAUUUGGAAAAAAAAAAUUAAACAAUGCAGCCCAAGAAAUAGUAAUCAAGUGAAUAAUAAUAAUAAUAAUUAAAAUAGUAGUACUGGGAAACAAUUACCAAAUACUUUGUUACUAGAUGAUGCCAUAUUUGAAACUGUAUUAAAUACUAAAUUAUCUUUCUUAUUUUAAAAAUAACUGAAACCCAAAGGGAUUAGUUUGUUUGAUUUCAGUGCUUGCUCUGCACAGAAGCCUAAUAUGCGAGAAGUGGAAGAGUUAAUUAACAGCUUUUCAACAAGAACUAGAUCAAGGCCUUUAGAGUUUUGAGAGUAUAGACCCCAUUUACACCUAGUAUUAACUGUGAUAAGAUCACAAGUUGCCAGUGCUCAAAAUGCUUUGUGGGGUCUAAAAUGUUUUGAAAUUGCAUCAGAGAACCAAUCAAAGGUAAUCAGAAAUACUAACUGCUUUUAAAUUCAGUCCAUUCUGAAUGCAUCUCGAACCACGGAGAAGCAAUGCCUAAUGCAUGUAAAUACCAGGUGCAAAUAGGAAAUGAGUAAUCAUCACAUCACUAAAAACAUUGUAAUACCUGGUGUGUAUGGUUUUAAAUUGUCCUUAUACUUCCCUGUAUAAACUAAAAUGAAGAAAUGAAUAACA